UGCAGCUACAAGGGUUCCUGAGAUCAUUUCUGAAAUGGCAAGAAGACAGUUUCGCAAUUCUAACGGGUAUUUUCAAAUACCGUCAUGCAUGUGGCUGGGCCUGUAGCCUGCGCUGUGUAGAGCAGAACCCAGCCUGGUGCUGCUGGUGCUUUCGACCCGACCCGGUCCAAGCCCAAUGUUCCCUAUGCUAACCGUUCUGAGCAUGUUUUACUAUAUCUGUCUGCGGCGCCGGUCCAGGAGCGGGACGCGGGGAGAGGUUCUGAACAGCCGGCGGGCCAUGGAGUCCAGCCAGCGUGCUCUGCCUCUGAGCGUGGAGGUGGAGCAGUACGCCAAGGAGGUGCUGGACUUCAGCUCCCACUACGGCAGCGAGAACAGCAUGUCCUACACCAUGUGGAACCUGGCGGGCAUGCCCAACGUCUUCCCCAGCUCGGGGGACUUCACGCAGACGGCCGUCUUCCGCGCGUACGGCCAGUGGUGGGAGCAGUGCGCCAGCGCGCCUCUGCCCUUCCGCCGGACGGCGCUGUCCUUCCACAGCCAGGACUACAUCGAGCUGGCCUUCGAGGAGCCCGUGUACCCCACGGCCGUCGAGGUGCUGGAGACCUACCACCCGGGCGCCAUCAUCCAGAUCCUCGCCUGCUCGCUCAACCCGUUCUCCCAGAACCCGCCGGCCGAUGUCAGGUGGGAGGUGCUGUGGUCAGGGGAGCCGUCCAAGGCGCUGACCCCCUACGCCAGGCAGUUCUCCCCCAGCAUCAAGCAGAUCAGCUUUGCCACCAACCUGAUCCGGCUGGAGGUGAACAGCUCCCUGCUGGAGUACUACACCGAGCUGGACGCAGUCAUCCUGCGGGGCGUCAAGCAGAGGCCCAUCCUGUCCCUCUACAAGAUGCCCAUGAUCGACAUCAGCGACCUGAGCGACAGCGAGGACGAGAGGGAGGUGGCCGACUCCGGAAGCCAGAAGAACAGCACGGGGAACGGCUCCUUCGACAAGCUACCCUAUGAGCUCAUUCAGUUGAUUGUGAGCCACCUGACCCUGCCGGACCUGUGCCGGCUGGCCCAGAGCUGCAAGCUGCUGCAGCAGCACUGCUACGACCCUCUGCAGUACAUCCAGCUGAGUCUGCAGCCGUACUGGGCCCGGCUGACGGACGCCUCUCUGGGCUACCUCCAGAGCCGCUGCACCCUCGUCCAGAGGCUCAGCCUGUCCUGGACUGGCAACCGUGGAGCGGUCACUGCCACUGGCUUCUGCAGUUUUGUGAAGGCCUGUGGCGCAGGCUUGGUGUGUUUGGAGCUGGCGUGUUGUCACUUCCUGUCGGAGGCCUGUAUAGAGGUGAUCGCUCAGACCUGCCCUGGCCUGCAGGAGCUCAACCUGUCCUCCUGUGACCGGCUCCACCCCCAGGCCUUCGGGCACAUCUCCCAGCUGACCGCCCUCCGCCGGCUCGUCCUCUACCGCACUAAGAUUGAGCAAACCGCCCUGCUCAGCAUCCUGACCUUCUGCGCUGAACUUCAGCACCUCAACCUGGGGAGCUGCGUGAUGAUCGAGGACUACGACGUGGUGGCCAGCAUGCUGAGCGUGCGCUGCCGCUCGCUGCGCUCCCUGGACCUGUGGCGCUGCAAGAACCUGACGGAGCGGGGCCUGGCGGAGCUGGUGACGGGCUGCCGCCUGCUGGAGGAGCUGGACCUGGGCUGGUGCUCCACCCUGCAGAGCAGCUCCGGCUGCUUCCUGCAGCUGGCGCGCAGCCUGCCCCGCCUGCGCAAGCUCUUCCUCACCGCCAACCGCACCGUCUGCGACUCGGACAUCGAGGAGCUGGCGGCCCACUGCCCCGCCCUGCAGCACCUCGACAUCCUGGGCACGCGGAUGGUCAGCGCGGCGUCUCUGCGGAAGCUGCUGCGCUCCUGCCCGCAGCUCCUCCUGCUGGACGUCUCCUUCUGCUCCCAGAUCGACGCGCGCACCGUUCAGGAGCUCAGCACCCUCUUCCCCAGCGUGGCCAUCAAGAAGAGCUUCACGCAGUAACCACGCCCACCCUCCCCGCGCAGGGACACCAGGCGGGGACUCCCCGAAGCCUGAGGAGGGCCGAGCCACGCCCCCCCCCUGCGACUGAGAGCGGUUUCAGAGUCUGGGAUCAGCUGAUUAAAGGUUCAGAGGAUGAGGAGCACGCCGGGUGACUUGACUCUUUUUCACUCACCAACACGGACACGCAGCUCAGCCUCCAAGGUUUCAUUUCUGCUCCAUGUUUUUGAAGUGAAUACCGAUCUGAAUCUCAGGGUUGUUUUUACUGUUUGUCUGUGUUUUUUUUUUUUUUUUUUUACGCAGA